UGUUAUCAAAAUAUAAUCACUGUUUCGUGGAAAAACAAAUACACCUGGAUUCAUAUUUUUUGAAUUUUCUCUCAUUUAUUUCAAGUCAAGCAAACACACUAUGCUCUUAACUCUCUUUUUUCCCUGAUGAAUGGGAGGUUUGAGAAAAAAAAGAUCACCAUUAUUCACCCCACAAUCGCUUUCACUCGACUCCAUUCUACAUAUAUCUCUUUCUCCGUCUCCAUUCUCUACGAUUUGCUUCUUCUUGCUAACAGUUUGCAAUACAUUGAGCCUACUAGAGUCUGAGAUGGAAAACGGGGAUCAGUUCCUGGAAAUUUCAAAGGGGAAAUAUGAUUGUCUUUUAUUUGGUAAGCCUUCAUGAUUCAUGAUUACUUUCUCACUCUUACAUGCUAGCGUCAUUAUCCUGCCACGGUGAUAUUGAUAACUGGUUUUUGAUAUUUUCAUAUCUCGAUGGCACCCUUUAUCCUUUGAGUUCUGGAUUGGCUGAGCAAGUGAAAAAAAAUAUUCAGGAGUACAUGCUUCAAAAGCUUGGGAUACCGGAGGCUAAGGUUCCUGAGUCGUGCUUUUCAUUAUACAAGACUUACGGGACAACCAUGGCAGGUCUCAAGGCUAUUGGCUAUGACUUUGACUAUGAUGACUUUCAUGCAUUUAUUCAUGGGAGAUUGCCAUAUGAUAUGCUGAAACCUGACCCUGUUCUCAGGGGAAUUUUGCUGAGCUUGCCUGUUCCAAAAAUUGUUUUUACAAACUCAGACAAGGUCCAUGCAAGUAGAGUGCUUCAUAGGCUUGGACUAGAGGAUUGCUUUGAAAGAGUUAUAAGCUUUGAGACCCUGAAUUCCUCCAAUGAAGAUGGCAAUGAAUAUAAACCAAGUUCCACAGGGAUUUUUGAUUUUUAUGAGUACAUUCGCAGGCCUGAUUCUGAUAUUUUGCUUCCAAGGACCCCGGUUGUGUGCAAACCCUUUCAAGAUGCAUUUGAAAAGGUUUUCGAUAUGGCAGAUAUUGACCCUCAAAGAACAUUAUUCUUCGAUGACAGUCUCCGCAAUUUACAAACGGGAAAAUCCUUGGGCCUCCACACAGUCAUGGUGGCUGCAUCCCGUCGUGCUACGGGAGUGGAUCAUGCCUUAGAAAGCAUCCAUAAUAUGAAGGAGGCAUUUCCAGAACUGUGGGAAGCCAAUGAGAAGCCUGAAAGUGUCGAGUGCUCUUGAAAGGUUUCAAUUGAAACAUCAUUAAUAGCUUAACUUAUACGUCUAAGUUCUAAAAACAUUUGGUUUCUAGUACUGUAUUGCCAUAUGAUGUUGAUGUUGGAAGAAUUUGAUAUACUUAUGUAAUUAACUUUUUAUUCGCCAUUUUUCCUUUCCUUUUGUGUGUAAAAGAUUCAACUCAAGUAAGAGGCAAAUGCAGUACGUUUUGAAAACA